AUGGUAGCAGUUGUCUGCGUACCAAUCGUUGAUGCGUUGGCUGGUAAUGUAUUGGUAGCACAUACAGGAACUGGUAUAGCAGCUGUAGUAAAUGUUGUAGCAUUGGUCGCAUCGCAACCCACUGCUGGACCGCUGGCAUUCUUCGGAACCACAUACCAGUUGUACAGCGUUGAAGCAGUUAAGCCGGUAGCACUACCGGUUCCGGUUCCUACUACCGGCGGACACACUGCCGUAAUUUUUGCAGGGGCCAGCGACCAGUCUGACCAGGCCGAAGUAGACGUUCUCAUAAACCUGGCCCGCUCGUCUGCAGCAGUCUGUACCGCCUGUUUCUUCAAAGAGGCGAUGAUUAACCACAUCUCCCAGUUUAACGGGUACACCUUUGCUGUUUACCUGGCCCAGCAGGUUGCGCAGGUCUUUUACCAGCGAUACCUCAAUAACGCUGCGGCCUGCCAACGGAAUUUCCUGGGCCACAAAGCCUACAGAACUGAAGACGAGGGCGGAUUUUCCGCCGGCAAGUUUGAAUGGAUCAUCAAUGGCAAUCAUUUCACGCUUUACCCCGGAGACGCCGCCAUUGUACUGCCACAGCAGGAGAUAGGCAGCGAGAAGGGCUUCCUGGAUCUGGGCAUUGUCUCGCGCAUCAGCAUCGCACCCGAACAGUUUGCCGCCAAUGGUCAACUGCGCCUGGGCAGCUGGAGCGGCAUCCCUGAAAACGAAAACCGUUCCAUCGGCAAAUUGCUUUCGCUGAAUCAUAUCUCCGUGUUGCCGAAACUGCCCGCAGCCGGACAUAUUUUUCAAACCCUGCAGAAAGAAAUGGCCGAACAGGAAAUUGGGUAUACGGUACGGGUAAACCAGCUGAUUGAUGAACUGCUGAUUACCGUGGUGCGGCACCUGACCCGCCAAAAUAACCUGCAGCGCGACUUUCCCCAGACUUUCAUGAAGCUGGAGCAGAACCUGCGCAGCCACCUGGACCACCAGUGGCUGGUAGAAGAGAUGGCGGUACUGGUAGGCCUGGGAACGACCGCCUUUACUGAGAAAGUGAAAAACUAUACCGGGUUUUCACCCCUGCACUACCUUAUCAAUAUACGUAUUGCAGAAGCCAUUAAAUUAUUGAAGAAUACCAGUCAGCCCGUAACGGAUAUUGCGCUGGCAACCGAACCCAUCUACAGUGAGCAGGACCCCGAACAGGUAUUCAUAACGGUAUUGUAUGUGCUGAAAAAUUUCCUGACGGAAAAAAUCAAUACCCGCAAAUACCGCGUGGCCGCCAUCUGUUUCAGCGCCGCUAUGCACAGCGUACUGCCGGUUGACAAAAACGGGGUGCCGCUGGGCAAUGCCAUUACCUGGGCAGACAACCGCGGUAAAAAAGAAGCAGACGACCUGAAGAAACUGCCUAUGGCCAAAACCAUUUAUGAUGCCACGGGUACGCCCAUUCACCCCAUGUCGCCCCUGAUAAAAAUUGCGUGGAUAAAAAGGCACGACAAAGAAAGGUUCAGCAAAACAGAUAAGUUCAUCGCUAUUAAGAACUAUAUCAUCCAGCAGUUAACCGGUGAAUGCGUGAUUGAUUACAGCCUGGCAUCUGCCACCGGCCUUUUCAAUAUACAUAAACUGCAUUGGGAUGCGAACGCGCUGGCGUAUGCUGGUAUUAACGCAGACCGGCUGCCCACACCUGUGCCGUUGCGGCGCGAGUACCAGGUCUCACUGGGACUGCCCAAAAAAACAAAGAUCAUUAUUGGCGCCAGCGAUGGCUGCAUGGCCACCCUGGGUGCCGGCGUUUGGGGCGAAGGCAAGGCCACCAUUACCAUUGAGCAAAGCGGCGCGGUAAGGGUGGCGGGCAACAAAGUUAUCCGCGACAGCAAACAACGGUUUUUCAAUUACCUGCUUACAGAAGGGUAUUAUGUAUCCGGCGGCCCCACCAACAAUGGCGGCGUUAUUUUUGAAUGGUUCGCCAAACAGUUUGGCAUUUUUAACCAGGCCUAUGGUAUAGACGACAGCAUACACUCACUUAUAAAAGAAGCCAUGCAGGUGCCGGCCGGCUCAGACGGUUUGUUGUUUCUGCCCUACCUGCUGGGCGAGCGGGCGCCUUUGUGGAAUGCCAACGCCAGGGGCGCUUAUUUUGGACUGAACAUUAAACACGAGCAGAAGCAUUUUAUCCGCGCAACGCUGGAAGGUAUAUUGUAUGAGAUCUACAGCAUUGGUAAAAUACUGGAAGAACACCGCGCCUUCAGUUCGCUUUCUAUCAAUGGCAGUUUUGCUUCUUACCCUUUGUGGGCGCAGAUCAUUGCAGACAUGUUUGGCAAACCGCACGUACCCAUUGACGUUACCGGUGAACAGGAUAUUACUGCCACCACCGAGAAUAAUAGCCGGGAGUGGGGAGCUGGAAGUCUUUAG